GGGAGCUCCAGGAGGAGCGACUCGGAGCUGGCCACCGCCAGCAGGGAAGGAGAGCAUCGCCGCCUCCCGCGCUCGGCCGCCGCAGCCCUCCGCCCGCCACCGCGCCCACCCUGCGCUGGACCCCGCGGGCGGCGGCGCGCGCAUCCUGCAGAGCCCAGGCUACGCCGAGCUGCCGCCAGACAUGACCGUGGUGCCCGGGGACCACCUGCUGGAGCCAGAAGCGGCGGGAGGCGGCGGCGGGGACCCGCCUCAGGGAGGCUGUGGCAGUGGCGGCGGCGGCGGCUGCGACCGCUACGAACCGCUGCCGCCCGCGCUGCCCGCCGCGGGCGAGCAGGAUUGCUGCGGGGAGCGCGUGGUCAUCAACAUCUCCGGGCUGCGCUUCGAGACACAGCUCAAGACCCUCUGCCAGUUCCCUGAGACGCUGCUAGGCGACCCCAAGCGGCGCAUGCGGUACUUCGACCCGCUCCGCAAUGAGUACUUCUUCGACCGCAACAGACCCAGCUUCGACGCCAUCCUCUACUACUACCAGUCCGGGGGCCGCAUCCGCCGGCCGGUCAACGUGCCCAUCGACAUCUUCUCCGAGGAGAUCCGCUUCUACCAACUGGGUGAGGAGGCUAUGGAGAAGUUCCGUGAGGACGAGGGCUUCCUGCGGGAGGAGGAGCGACCCCUGCCCCGCCGUGACUUCCAGCGCCAGGUGUGGCUGCUCUUCGAAUACCCCGAGAGCUCCGGGCCGGCCCGGGGCAUUGCCAUCGUGUCAGUGCUGGUCAUUCUCAUCUCCAUUGUCAUCUUCUGCUUGGAGACACUACCCGAGUUUCGCGACGAGAAGGACUAUCCCGCCUCUCCGUCGCAGGACGUGUUUGAGGCUGCCAACAACAGCACGUCGGGGGCCUCCUCUGGAGCCUCCAGCUUCUCGGACCCCUUCUUCGUAGUGGAGACCCUGUGCAUCAUCUGGUUCUCCUUUGAGCUGCUGGUGCGAUUCUUUGCUUGCCCCAGUAAAGCCACCUUCUCCAGAAAUAUCAUGAACCUGAUAGACAUUGUAGCCAUCAUCCCUUAUUUUAUUACUCUGGGCACUGAGCUGGCUGAGCGACAGGGUAAUGGGCAGCAGGCUAUGUCACUGGCCAUCCUGAGGGUCAUCCGCCUAGUAAGGGUCUUCCGCAUCUUCAAGCUCUCCCGCCAUUCUAAGGGGCUGCAGAUCCUGGGACAGACACUGAAGGCUUCCAUGCGAGAGCUGGGGCUGCUCAUUUUCUUCCUUUUCAUUGGGGUCAUCCUUUUCUCCAGUGCAGUCUACUUUGCUGAGGCAGACGACCCUUCUUCGGGUUUUAACAGUAUCCCGGAUGCCUUCUGGUGGGCCGUGGUAACCAUGACAACUGUCGGUUAUGGUGAUAUGCACCCAGUGACCAUAGGAGGCAAGAUUGUGGGCUCUCUUUGUGCCAUCGCAGGUGUCUUGACCAUUGCAUUGCCGGUUCCUGUGAUUGUUUCCAACUUCAAUUACUUCUACCAUCGGGAGACAGAAGGGGAAGAGCAAGCCCAGUACAUGCACGUGGGAAGCUGCCAGCACCUCUCCUCUUCAGCAGAGGAGCUCCGAAAAGCCCGGAGUAACUCCACUCUGAGUAAGUCGGAGUAUAUGGUGAUCGAAGAGGGGGGUAUGAACCACAGCGCCUUCCCCCAGACCCCCUUCAAAACGGGCAACUCCACUGCCACUUGCACCACGAACAAUAAUCCCAACUCCUGUGUCAACAUCAAAAAGAUAUUCACUGAUGUCUAAUAGAUGAUACGAUUGCCAUUCUGUGCCCAGUAUUGUGUGGAACAUGCCCCCUUGGUCUGUGUAUGCCCUUGAUUUAUACAUCUCCAGACCAUUCAUCAAGGAAAGUACAUGAAGAAGUGGAAAAGCACACUUCAUUCUCCCUCUCCCUAUUGCUUCAUACUGAAACAGGUGCCUGGUUUUGCAAGUGGGCUGCAUUCUCUCAGCUCUUUUUCUCUCUCUCCCUGUUUCUUAAUUUUGUGAACAACAAACUUACAUUAAGCUUGGUUUCUUGUGCAAGCCCUAAAGCUACAUCCUGAGAGGAAAUGAAACUAUAGAGUCAGAGUAACUGUGUGACCUCAAAAAUCAAAAGGUAGUUGUUUCUUUACUAAGUAAAGGAGGCAGAACUUAAAUGAUGCUCCUGUUCGGUGGACUUUUCAACAUUAUUUCCUGGCUAAGUGUAACUAUUAACCUCUGGAUAUGUGGGUGGAAAGUCUAACUAGAGUGUUGACGUGUAAGCCCACUUUAAUUUUUUUUUUUUUUGGGGGACUGGCCUUUCAGUUUGAAUCUCUCCUCUAAGAAUGUCAGGUUCACAAUAACUUUGAACCAAAAGGGAAAUGCCCCAAAUGUCCUGAUCUGACUAUUAACUCUUCGGAGUUUGCAAAGCAUUUUGAAAACAUUAGACACAGAUUCCAAUGAAGUUGUGAGUUCAUGCCCAAGUCAAUAUCUACGAAAGUCUAGAAACUCAUUUUCAGUGCUGCCAGGAGAAACAACAGAAAUUCCUGAUGCAUCUGAGAGAUAAGCUUCGGCAGUAUCACAGGAAGAUUAAAGUGGCAGACACCCCUUCCAGCGGAAGUUACUAAUUCGGACCUGACUGAUGCAGUUCCCAUAGCAACCCGUGUUUCCUGGGAAACCCGAAAAAGGUUGUCAUGGCAUCUUUUGCUCUCUAGCCCCACCCCCACCCCAGGCCCUGCCGUUUCUACAGUAACCUUUCCAGAUGGUUCUUACUUACACGACUUCAUAAGAAAAAACACUAUUUGAAUAAAGCGCACAAAUUAAGUGAAAGACUAUAUAGAGGUGAAAUGAAUCACAAAAUGCUUUUUUACAUUUUAUAUAAAUCAUUGAUGUUAUCCCAUAACGACUGGAUCAGAAAGGAAAUCGUCGUCUUUGAAAUGUUACAUGUAAGGCAUGAUCUGAAUUAAAUUAUGUCAGCUGUUUGGUAACAAUUUUUAAAGAUGCUUCUGUACAGUUCCUUCAGUAAGAAAUGACACGUCAACAGAUGAAAUGAAAGCAGCAAUAUAAACAUGGUCUGUACAUAAGCAAGUGAGAGUCAGUGUACCCGAAGUCUCACACGAUACCUUCAGAUUUCCUCAGUUAAAAAGAA